ACCUCUUGCUCAAUCUUUCGCCUAAUGACAGCUCUGCAGCAGGAUUACUGGGGUCGGGAAAACUUGUGCCAUCUGGAUGCGUGCUGCACACCGGAGUCCAUGUUUAUUGCAUUUGCUAGAAACAGAUUUUCAUGAUUCAGGUCAGAGGUUUCCCUGAAGCAAAAAUGUCUCUGCAGUGCAAAGUGGGGCGAAAUCCAUCGAUAGCUGAUCGGCUUCCCUGGAUUUUGCUGACAAUCCCUCUUUGUUGUGCCUGAAAAUGGAAACACUAGAGUCUGAGCUGACCUGCCCAAUCUGUCUGGAGCUUUUUGAGGACCCACUGCUGCUGCCCUGUGCUCACAGUCUUUGUUUCAACUGUGCCCAUCGUAUCUUGGUCUCCCAUUGCACCCCCAGCGAGCUUAUCCAGUCUAUUAGCGCCUUCCAGUGUCCAACUUGUCGCUAUGUCAUUACUCUCAACCAGAGAGGCCUAGAGGGACUCAAACGCAACGUGACCCUACAGAACAUCAUCGACCGCUACCAGAAAGCCUCUUUAAGUGGACCCAACUCCCCUAGUGAGACUCGUCGUGAGCGAGUGAUCCCAGAAGGCAAAGCCAUGACAUCUCCUACGGACCGAGUGCAGUGUCAGUUCUGCGAGCAGGACCCCCCUCAGGAUGCAGUGAAGACCUGUGUUACCUGUGAGGUAUCGUACUGCGAGGAAUGCCUCAAGGCCACCCACCCAAACAAGAAACCCUUCACGGGCCACCGGCUGAUUGAACCCUUGCAGGACUCCCAUCUCCGGGGACUCAUGUGUCUGGAGCACGAGGACGAGAAAGUCAACAUGUACUGUGUAACAGACGAACAGUUGAUCUGUGCCUUGUGCAAACUUGUCGGCCGACAUCGAGACCACCAAGUGGCGGCCCUUAGCGACCGAUAUGACAAACUCAAGAAGUUUCCUGGCCGCCUUCUCUGUGCGGGGAAUGAUCAGUCAUACCAGGAGGCGGACCAGCAAGCAUUGGACUCCAACCUCAGCAGCUUAAUCAAAAGGACCGGUGAAUUAGAAAGUUUGAUGGGGAAACUUAUCCAAACCUGCCAGAAUGUGGAGGUAAAUGCCUCGCGGCAAGAAAACAAGCUACAGGAGGAGUGUGACCUGCUGAUUAAUAUCAUACAGCAUCGAAGACAAAUAAUAGCAACAAAGAUAAAGGAGGGAAAGGCCAUGAGGCUGAGGAAGCUCUCUCAACAGAUAGCGGGCUGUAAACAGUGCGUCGAGAGAUCGUCCUCCCUCAUCACUCAGGCUGACCAAACCCUUAAGGAGAGCGACCACGCCCGCUUCCUUCAGACAGCUAAAAGUAUCUGUGAGAGAGUCUCUAUGGCAACAGCAUCCUCUCAGAUACUGUUACCAGAAAUUAACCUGAACGAUGCAUUUGAUACUUUUGCUCUGGACUUCACGAGAGAAAAGAAAAUGCUAGAAAGUUUGGAUUACCUCACAGCACCAAAUCCACCGUCAAUUCGUGAGGAACUGUGUACAGCUUCGUACGACACCAUCACGGUUCACUGGACAUCAGACGAUGAGUUUUCUGUUAUUUCAUAUGAGCUUCAGUAUGCCAUCUUCACCAGCCAGUCUAAUGUUGUCAGUCUGUGUAACUCUGUUGAUAGUUGGAUGAUUGCCCCAAACAUUAAGCAAAAUCAAUACACCGUGCAUGGACUCCAAUGUGGCACCAACUACAUUUUCAUAGUGAAGGCCAUAAACCAGGCUGGAAGCCGCAGUAGCACCCCGGGGAAACUCAAAACCAACAGUCAGCCAUUCAAAUUGGACCCAAAGUCUGCUCAUCGGAAGCUAAGGGUAUCUCACGAUAACCUUACGGUGGAGAGAGAUGAGACAUCAUCUAAAAAGAGCCACAGUCAGGAGCGCUUCUCCAGUCACAGCAGCUAUGGGGUUACUGGGAAUGUCUACAUAGACAGCGGCCGCCAUUACUGGGAAGCUCUGAUUGGAGGAAGCACAUGGUUUGCUGUGGGGAUUGCUUACAAGUCUGCACCAAGACACGAGUGGGUUGGCAAGAACUCGGCCUCCUGGGUACUCUCCCGCUGCAACAACUCGUGGGUGGUGCGCCACAACAGCAAGGAAAUCCCCAUCGAGCCUUCGCCCCACCUGCGGCGCCUUGGGAUAUUGUUGGAUUACGAUUCGGGGUCGCUCUCCUUCUACGAUGCUGUGGCCUCGCAGCACUUGUACACAUUUGACAUUGACUUUGUUCAUCCAGUCUGCCCGGUGUUCAAUGUUUGGAAUAGAUGUUUGACGGUCCUCAGUGGACUGCCCAUACCCGAUCAUUUGGAGAGCACAGACUUUAACCACUGAUGAUGUUGAUACAUUGCCAUGCAAAAGUAUUCAUACCCUUUGAACGUCCACAUUUGUCUUGGUAUGACUACAAAUUUCAAUAUAUUUUCUUGGGAUUUAAUCUGACAGACAUAAAGAACCGCAUAAUUGUGAACAGAAAGGAAAUAAGACAUGGUUUUCAAAUAUUUUUUAGACAACAAUCUUAAAAGUAUGGGAUGUGUUUGUAGAAAAAUGCUUAUUAGAAUGCUUAUUAGAAAAAUGUUUUAUGGCUGCAACUCUUUUAGGGUCUAUGUUUCUACCAACUUUGACCAUCUAGAAAGUCUAAUCUUAGUCAAUUUUUUUUGCAAAAUAGAAGAAUUGAUGAGCUCAGUCACAUGGAUUGGAGAGCAUUUGUGAACAUUUAUUUUUGAUUCUUUCCAUCAGAUAUCAACUAGAUUUAGGUCUGAACUUUAACUGAGCCUUGCUUGCAUUCUAUGCUUUAGUGCCCAUUGUAGCUCUGGCUGAAUGGUUAGAGUGGCUGUCCUGCAGAAACUAGGCUUGAAAGCCUCUCAUAGGUCUUCCAGGAUUGCCUCGUAUUUAUCUCUAUUCAUCUUCCCAAUCAGUUCUGAACAGCUUCUCUGUCCCUGCUUUAGAAAAACAUGCCCACAGCAUGAGUCUGCCACAAACAUCAUUUCAUUGUGGGGAUAAUAAAAUGUGUACACAUUCUGCAUGUGAGAAAAAAAAGUUCAAUUUUGGUCUUAUAUGACCUACACACCCUUUUCCAUUUGUUUACUGUGUUAUUUUGAUACACUGUGCACAUUCUACUUUUUUCCACAAUGGCUGAACAAAUACGUAGAUUAAAUCUCACUCAGGAGGACUUCAUUUACAAAUUAUUUGACCUCGGAAGGAAAUUAAUUACACUAGAUUGUGUUUACAGUUAUGGGAGAAAAGGAGUUGAACACAAAAGAAUGUCAAAAUAUUCAGGUAUAUAUUUGGAAGAAAAUUUUAAAACUAUGUGUCAUUUCCUUCACAUUUGUGCACGUUUUUGCCUUGGUCUAUCACAUAUAAUCUCCGUAAACAUAAUGAAGUUGUGUUACGGUUAUAAUAUUAAAGAAAUGUGGAAAAGUUUAAGGGGAGUGAAUUUUGCAAACUACUGUAAAUAAGUACAUACGCACAUGCGAGAUGAACUGAUCUAAAAAGCAAACAGGACUGAAUUAAGUUUUUGUUACAAUUUAUUGAAAUUAUUUAAGUACAUUAUAGGCCUUGGUGAAUAUUUUUUCUUUGCUUUGCACAAUUAUGUACAAUACCUUGUGGGGUCAGAUUAGGAAUUUGUUAAAAUCUAAAGUUCAAAGCAAUAUUUUCAAAGGGCUCAGGAGAAUUUUUUAUUCUUUUUUAUUGUCUUGUUUAUUUUUCAUUGACGAUGUUGAUGGACGUUCAUGCACAGACUGCAACAAAAAAAAACAACUUUUUAUUCACAGUUUUUUAAAGUCAGACUAUUUUAUUGCAGUGUAACUGAUUUGUAUUAAAUGCCAGCACUUUGAUAAGAAAGCUGUCACUAUGAAAUGCACUUCUAAGUCAACUUCUAUCAGAAUACCUUUUUUACUUGUCCUUGCGUUCUAAGAAAAAGAAAGGUUUAAUCAGAAUAGAGCAGUUUCACUCAGAAAAUCUGAUUCUUAAUGGAUAUAUUUCAACAUUUUUAAGUAUUUGUUAUUUGUAGUUGCUUGAUCACAGUUUAGAAUCUCCUCACUACAGCAGCUUCAAUGCUUCAUUGCAGUUUUCACAUUUACAUAUCCUCAUAAAGGCGAAUUAAAAACCUACUCCAAGUGA